UACAACCGUGUAUCCGAAUGGGCUUGGUGUGAACUAGGCUCCUCCCUGUUCGGGUUUGUCACCUCCGAGACACAACUCGACCCAACUCGACGCGACUCUCACAAUCUGGAUUACGAGCACCGCUAGAGAUUAACUAAUAACAGAAGUGCGCAGUUUGCAAGCAAGCUAGUUCUGGACGACGCACGAGCAGCACCUUAGUACGGGCCCUCCCUUGCGGGCUUGUGACUCUAAAAGACAGAAUUAUGGCGACGAUUGGCGUUGACGCUCUAAGUGCCACCCGUUGCCUUGUCUGCCCGUUGAAUCAACGUUCAUUGGCGACAGAUUGUGGCAUGACGUCAGCUACUCGUAUACCCGCGCUCAGAUCUCCGUUCGCUGGCGAUUUCAUUGGCGACAGGACUCGCUUCCGGAAACUUCAAUUUCGCAAAGUUCGCAAUGCCGUAUUGCGAAGUCGGCAUGUAACAUCGAUGACGAUCAGCCGCAUCCCCCAUGGCGACACGAUUCUCGAGGCGUCGCAGAACACGACGAUGACGAUUCCCCCGCGAACGACUCUCAACGAGUACCUCGAUAAGAUCACGGACCCGUUAGAAGCCGAGCUGCGGACCCGUUAUUGGCUGCCGCACGUCACCGAUAUCGACCCCGAUACGCCGUCGUUCUACUCCACGUUUUGCACCAAGACAAGCUGUCCGCUGCUGCCCCUCGAUAAGGGCGCCUCGUUUGUGGACUACGACACGCACGAGCUGGGGACCACGUCACUCUUCGUGCACGACAAUGAUAAAGUGCUGCUCAAGACGGUGAAGUACUCGCACCCCAUGACGGCCGAUGCCUCAUCCGAGGAGGACUGCCACUUCGUGCAGCACUGGCUAGUGCGAGCAGGGGCGAGACCGCGAAUUUUCUUCAAGCCGCAGGCCGUGAGGGCUGCUGUGGUGACGUGUGGCGGACUCUGCCCUGGGCUGAAUGACGUCAUCAGACAGGUGGUGAUGACGCUCAACACCUACGGAGUGAGCGACAUCCGAGGCAUCAAGUAUGGAUUCCGAGGCUUCUUUGACACCUCCCUACACAUACCGCUGAACCGGGCAGUGGUGGACAACAUCCACCUCAUGGGAGGGUCCUUCCUGGGAGUGUCCCGAGGGGGGUCCAACAGCCUUGAUAUUGUCGACUCCAUUCAGAAGGAGGGGAUCAACAUGCUGUUCGUGAUUGGUGGAAACGGCACACACGCUGGAGCGCUCGCCAUUCACAAAGAGUGCUACCAGAGGGGCAUGAAGGUAUCAGUGGUGGGGGUGCCCAAGACAAUAGACAACGAUAUCCUGCUCCUAGACCAGACGUUUGGAUUUGACACGGCAGUGGAAGAGGCACAGAGGGCACUGCACGCCGCGUAUGUGGAGGCCUCCAGCGCGUACAGGGGAAUCGGCAUAGUAAAGCUGAUGGGGCGGCAGAGUGGGUUCAUCGCCAUGCACUCGUCACUGGCCAGUGGGCAGGUGGACAUGGCGCUCAUACCCGAGGUGCCCUUCUGCCUGGAGGGCCCCAACGGCGUGUUGCAGCACCUGGAGUAUCUCCUGGACCGCCAGGGCCACGCCAUCAUCUGCGUGGCAGAGGGCGCAGGGCAGGACCUAGUGCAAGGAGAGGGUGGCACAGAUGCUUCGGGGAAUCCAAUCCUGUCCGACAUUGGGGUCUUCCUCCUGAAGCAGGUGCGGCGUCACUUCAAGGCGAUCGGACGGCCAGCCGACGUCAAGUACAUCGAUCCGACGUACAUGAUUCGCGCGUGCCGCGCGAACGCGUCGGACAGCGUGAUGUGCGCCGUGCUCGGGCAGAACGCCGUUCACGGUGCGUUCGCCGGCUAUAGCGGCAUUACUGUUGGCCUAGUUAACUCGCACUACGCGUACAUUCCGAUCCCCGAGGUGAUCCGGCACGCGCGGCCCGUCGAUCCCAACGGUCGGAUGUGGCACCGGUGCCUGACCGCCACGGGUCAACCUGACUUCAUUCGCGUGCAACAAUAAUGUAACCCGCGAGGCAGGACAUUAUCCCAAUAUAAGAAUGGUUCUUUUUAACAUAUAUCAUGCUAUGUUUUAGAGAGGAGCAAUUUAUUCGUAGUCUUAUAUCAUCCCAUCCACCCACCACUUAUACGAAGUAAUUGUAUGCAGAAUUGCUCUAUGUUCCCAUAUUGUUACGAAAAGGAAA